AUGUUCACUUUGUGGUUGAGAUUUUUCUGAAAAUUUUCCUGAUUACUCUUUGCAGUACCAUAUGAAGUUAUUGAAAGUCUAAAAUCUAAAAUUGCAAAACUUUCUAGUUCUUGAGAAAAAGGUCUUAAAGUGUAUACAUAAAUGAAUUUUCAUGAUUUUUUUCAAUUUCAAAGUGCCUUUCUUGAAAACUAGGGAGUUUCUCCGAUUUAGGCUUACGGAAUAUUAUACUAGUGUUUUAAGAAGUAAUCUGGUCGAUUUUCGGUCGAAAUCAUACCUGACCUUCCUUGUCAAUUAUUUAAAAUAAUUAUUUUUUCGGUUUUCCAGGUCGCGGAGGAAAGACUGCCUGGCUGUGGCGUACGUGAAGGGCGAGGAGAAAGUGAUGGGCAAGGAAAAGAACAAGAAGACGUCGUCAACGAAGCGCCAGAAGUCGUUGGCCUCGUCGACGACGCCGGGCUCCUCGACGCCUUCUGGCCUCACCGCCGAACUCCCGGGGCCGUCGACGUCGGCGAUGGAGGUGCCGUCGUCGAGCCAAGAAUCCGCCGAAGUCGUCGUCGCCAACGAGCCCGGCGGCGUCAUCGAGAACAUCAAGGAGAUCUUCUGCGAUCAUCUCCGGGUGAUGGUCAGCCAGAAUCGGCGACGUCUUCAGGUCGACGGCUUCAACCUUGACUUGACCUGUAAGUUUGGAGCAUGAGGAGAACGAUGUUGUGCUUUCUAUGUAUUAAAAUUCAAUUAGGAUACCAAAAAAUGGUUUUUUUUUUGAAAAAAAGUUAUAACUUAGCUUAAAAAUGUUUUUUUGUGAAAGUUGAAUAGGUCCAUAAGUCCAAGUAAGUCUAUCAAAUCUUAAAAUCGAAGUUUUAGGUCAAAAAAUUCAAGCUUUGCGUUUCUAUUAAGCUUAUACCCUGUGUGGAAAAACUAUUAAGAUGAUCAGUAAAUAUUAAAAAAACAAAUUACUUUUUUUGGACAAAGUUAAAAAGAUGGUUUUUAAGUUUUUUUGACUAUCCAGAUAUGUAUUUUUAAGACAUUAACGAUUUUUAGAAGUCCACCACCAAAACAACAAAAUUAGCAUAUAAAAGACAAAAAAAUAACAGUCAUUUUUGGACAGUUUCUGGCCGGUAGAAGUCUGAAAAAAAAGUUUUUUUUCCUGGUCAAACUUUUCUUGAUCAUUUUCAGCUCAAUUCAGAUAAUAAAAAAAUUCAAAUUAAUUUUUUUGAAGACAUCACGGACCGAAUAAUUGCGAUGGGAUACCCGGCGGAUGAGACGGAGGCCUUGUACCGAAACAGUAUGCGUCGGACGAUCCAGUUCCUGGAAAGUCGCCACAGCAACCACUACAAAGUCUUCAACCUGUUCGUCAUUUCCUCCUUAAAUUCGCAAAAAAAUAUAUUUUUUGUUGGAUUUUUUUGCUGAUUCAUGCAAAAAAAUGGAAAUUUGCGCAUUUUUUUGGAAAAAUUUUUCGUAACCCUGUAUGAAAGAAUCUUAUAAAAGGUUCUGUAGAGCCCAUUUCGCGUUUUCCGCCAAAAAUACCGUAUACCGAAUUGGACCUUAUUUCUUCGCUUCAAGACCUUUUAUUCACCACAUUUUUGCACUUUCUCAGAGAAAAAAAACUGUUUUUACGGUAGCUUUUUUUCUUCUGUGCUUUUAAAGCGUGACAGUCUCGCGCGGAUUGUUCGAAAGUUUUGAAUUUUUUCCAUUUUGAAGAAGAUUUAUUUUGACUUCUGAGGAGCAGUUUUGAGCUACAGUACCGCUCAAAAGUCUAUUAACUUUUGGUUUUUUGAGGAUAUCUCAGCGAGUACUCAUCCGAUUUAUAUAUAACUUUCAGGGAUAAUGUAAAAUAUACUUUGAAACAUAUACGGUAUACAAAGACAUGUCCGCAAUGACUGUGACGCGUUUUAGGCAUUUUUUUAUUGAAUUCCAUUUUUGUUUUUUUAUGCUUUUUAUUUUUUUAUUUAUUUUUUUAUUAAAUUUUUUUAAAAUUAAUAAUGUUGCCAUAUGAUUUUUUUCAUGUUUUUCAGACAUGGGAAGAACCUUUGGAAAUAAGAAUUUGACUGAUAACGACAAAAGAGCCAUCGUUGUGGGUCGUCAAAAAUGGACUGACCAUGAUGACGUUGGCAGGAAUGUUCGGCGUGACAAAGGCGGGCAUUUCUCAGUUCCUAAAGCGUCAGAAAGCUCAAGAUGGCUCUACUAACAGCCAACGCACUGGAAGACCACGUGUCACUGAUCGUAAUGACGAUAGGAACAUUUUGAAGACGUCUAGAACCAAUCCAAGACUCACCGCCCCUGCGAUCAGACGGGAAGUUUUCUUGAAUUCGCCAUCUCCGCCAUCCGUCUCGACCGUGAAACGACGUCUGAAUGCUGCUGGAAUCAUGGGAAGACGUCCAGUGAAGAAACCGCUGAUUUCUGAAAAGAAUCGAGUCGCCAGGGUGAAGUGGGCGAAGGAGCAUCUCAACUGGACCCGUCAAGACUGGAACAAGAUUCUGUGA